AUGGGCGAGGGGGCGGCUCACUGUGUCCUCGCCCACAACCCCGAGAACCAGGAGCUGGCGCGAUUCUACUGCCACGCGCAGCGCACCAUCAGCCGCAGGCUCGUGCUAAGACAGGACCCCUCGGUGAAGAGAACCAUCUGCAAAUCCUGCUCCUCCCUCCUGGUCCCUGGUGUCAGCUCCACGGUGCGCCAGAGAAGGCGCCGCGGACGGCGCUGGUCAGUCGUACGGUGUGUCUGCUGCAGCCAGACCAAGCGCUUCCCGAGCAACCCCACGUACAAGCUGUGGGCGGAGCAGCCUGAGGCUCUGCUGGAGAACCAGCCCCAAGCUGACCAGAAACCUGCAGCCCCCCAGGAUCCCCCGAAGGAGCCCUCAGCACAGAAGGCCAAAACCCCCAGUGUGAUCUCCGGUCUCCAGAGCCGCUCCCCCCUGCAGGGGACUGCAGAGGCUGGGACCCGGGUGGGGAAAGGGGGCCCAAGCAGGAGGUGACCCCCGGGGAUGGCCGUGAGCAGGGGCCAGUGGCUUGGGGCCUGAUCCCAGUGGGGGGUGGCAAGGACAGGCCUGGGGCAGGUUUUAGGAGACUCCGUUCGUAAGAGAGGUGCCAAGACUGAUUUGAAAAGGGAGAGGAAGAGAAACGACCCCCUCGAAACUAUCCACUCCUGGGGCACUGGCUGGCUCCGGGGGUGGGGAAUGGGAUACGGGGCCUUUCCCCUCUGUGGGGCACCAGCUCCCACCUGGCCCCAGGGCAGGGGACUGGCUGGCUCAGUGGGGCAAGGAACGGGACGUGGGGCCUUUCCCCACUCGGGGGUGCCAGCUCCGAUCCAGCCCCAGGGCAGGGGACUGGCUGGCUCAGGGAGUGGGGAACGAGACAUGGGGCCUCUAGGGGGCACCGGUUCUGAUUUGGUGGGUUUUUUUGGGACCCUUGUCUAUUUAUAAACGUACAAUCAAA